UGGUUAGUUAAACUGGCUUUUGCCAUGUUUACGUGGAUACUUAUACUUUGCUGCUGUCCCUGGUUCUCAAUUCAUCUCCAACAAAUCUGAUGUUCAUCCACUCAUGAAGUUUUGUUUGUGUGAAGGAGUGGGCUCUGCUAUGGAUCAGUGUGAGGACAGAGAGGAGGGAGUCCCUCCCUCUAAAACCACUCUGUGUGGGGAACAUGAGAGCCAGACCAAAGCUCAGAGGAACCAACCUGAACCCAGCUGUGUGUCCUUAAAGAGCAACGAUUCAAAAGAACUUGCGACUGAUUUCAAACAAAAAAGUUCCUCUAGUAAAACGAUCCAUCAGACGCUGAAUUCUCCGAGACCUGAACCCAGCUGUGUGUCCUCAAAAAGUGAACGGCCAAAUAAUUUAAACACCAGUUUUAGACAUACUGCCAAAAAGAUGCAUCAGGAGAACUCAGAGGUUCCUAGUGGUCAGUCUGAACAGCAGGAUCAAAAACACCUGGACUCCAUAUUUAGGUUGCUGGAAGAAAACAUCAUCACUUUUGUGAAGAAUGAACUGAAGAAGAUCCAGAAAGUUCUGAGUCCAGAUCAUCCAGAAUGUUUAGCGAGUCAGUGGAAGGAUAAGGAGAUGUUGGAGGGUGAAAACCAGAAGAGGAGCAGCAGAGAAGCUCUUCUGAAGAUGGUAGAUGACUUCCUGAGGUGGAUGAAGCAGGAGGAGUUGGCUGACUCUCUACAAAGAAGAACUCCAGCUACAUGCCAACAACAUGUGAAAUGUACAAUAAAGAAGAAGUUCCAGUGCAUGUUUGAGGGGAUUGCUAAAGCAGGAAACCCAACUCUUCUGAAUCAGAUCUACACAGAGCUCUACAUCACAGAGGGAGGGACUGCAGAGGUCAAUGAUCAGCAUGAGGUCCGACAAAUUGAAACAGCAUCCCGGAAACUAGACAAACCAGAAAGAACAAUCAGGCAAGAAGAAAUUUUUAAAGCCUCACCCAAAAGAGAUGAACCAAUCAAAACAGUGCUGACAAAAGGAGUGGCUGGCAUUGGGAAAACAAUUUUAACACAGAAGUUCACUCUGGAUUGGGCUGAAGACAAAACCAACCAAGACAUCCAUUUCAUAUUUCCAUUCACCUUCAGAGAGCUGAAUGUCAUGAAGGAGGAAAAGUUCAGCUUGGUCGAACUUAUUCAUCACUUCUUUACUGAAACUAAAGAUGCAGCAAUCUGCAGCUUUGAAGAGUUCAAGGUUCUGUUUAUCUUUGAUGGUCUGGAUGAGUGUCGACUUCCUCUGGAAUUUCAGAAAACUGAGGUCUUGACUGAUAUCACAAAGUCCACCUCAGUGGAUGUGCUGCUGACAAACCUCAUCAAGAGAAAACUACUUCCAUCUGCUCGCCUCUGGAUAACCACACGACCUGCAGCAGCCAAUCAGAUCCCUCAUCAGUAUGUUGAUAUGGUGACAGAGGUCAGAGGGUUCACUGAACAACAGAAAGAGCAGUACUUCAAGAAGAGAUUUCAAGAUAAGAAGCUAGCUAUCAAAAUAAUCUCCCACAUUAAGACAUCACGGAGCCUCUACAUCAUGUGCCACAUCCCAAUCUUCUGCUGGAUCACUGCGACAGUUUUGGAGGAUGUGCUGAAAACUAGAGAGGGAGGACAGCUGCCCAAGAACCUGACUGAGAUGUACAUAUAUUUCCUGGUGGUUCAGGCCAAAGUGAAAAAAGUCAAGUACGAUGGAGGAGCUGAAACAGAUCCACACUGGAGUCCAGAGAGCAGGAAGAUGAUUGAAUCUCUGGGAAAACUGGCUUUUAAUCAGCUGCAGAAAGGAAACCUGAUCUUCUAUGAAUCAGACCUGACAGAGUGUGGUAUUGAUAUCAGAGUAGCCUCCGUGUACUCAGGAGUGUUCACACAGAUCUUUAAAGAGGAGAGAGGACUGUACCAGGACAAGGUGUUCUGCUUUGUCCAUCUGAGUGUUCAGGAGUUUUUGGCUGCUCUUCAUGUUCAUCUGACCUUCUUCUGCUCUGAACUCAAUCUUCUAGAAAAACAAACACCCUCCAAAAAGUAUGAAUCAAGAGAAUCUGCAGAGACACAUUUAUAUCAGAGUGCUGUGGACAGCGCUUUACAGAGUCCAAAUGGACAUCUGGACUUGUUCCUCCGCUUCCUCCUGGGUCUUUCAUGGGAAACCAACCAAGCUCUGCUACAAGGACUGCUGACGAAGACAAGAAGUAGCUCAGUGACAAUUCAGAAAACAGUCAAGUACAUCAAGAAUAAUAUCAGUGACAAUUUGUCUGCAGAGAAAAGCAUCAACCUGUUCCACUGUUUGAACGAACUGAAUGAUCAUUCUCUAGUGGAGGAGAUCCAACAGUCCCUGAAUUCAGGAAGUCUCUCUAGGGAUGAACUGUCUCCAGCUCAGUGGUCAGCUCUGGUCUUCAUCUUACUGUCAUCAGAAAAAGAUUUGAAUGUGUUUGAUCUAAAGAAGUACUCCCCCUCUGAGGAGGGUCUUCUCAGGCUACUUCCAGUGGUCAAGUCCUCCAAGAAAGCUUUAAUGAGUGGCUGUAACCUCUUAGAGAAAAGCUGUGAAGGUUUGUCCUCAAUUCUCAGCUCCCAAUCCUCACAUCUGAGAGAGUUGGACCUGAGUAACAAUAACCUGAAUGUUUGGGGAGUGAAAAAGCUUUCUGCUGGGCUGGAGAGUCCACAUUGUAAACUGGAAACUCUCAGUCUGUCAGGCUGUCUGAUCACAGAGGAAGGUUGUGCUUCUCUGGCCUUAGCUAUUCAUUCCAACCCAUCAUCCCAUCUGCGACAGCUCGACCUGAGCUACAAUCAUACAGGAGACGGGGGGAAGCUGCUGCUAUGCGGACUUGAGGAUCCACUCAGGAGACUGGAGACUCUCAGCUUGGAACCGGUUGGUGUCGAGUGGUUGAUACCAGGUCUGAGGAAGUAUUCCUGUCAACUCACAAUCGACACAAACACAGUAAACAGAAAACUCCAACUAUGUGACAACAGGAAGGCAACCCAUCUGAAAGAGGAUCAGUCAUAUCCUGAUCAUCCAGACAGAUUUGACCGUCCUCAGCUGUUGUGUAACAAUGGUCUGACUGGUCGUUGUUACUGGGAGGUCGAGUGGAGAGGAAGGGUUGAUAUUGCCGUGAGUUAUAAAGGAAUCAGAAGGAAAGGAGACAAAAACCACUCAUGGCUUGGAAGGAAUGAUCAGUCCUGGUGCCUGGGCUGCUUUCAUGAUGGUUACUCUUUGUGCCACAACAACAGUGUAACAUUCAGCCGUCUCCCCUCCUCAUCCUCUGUCUCUAACAGAGUAGCAGUGUAUUUGGAUGCUGCUGCUGGCACUCUGUCCUUCUACAGAGUCUCUUCUGACAGCCUCAAUCACAUUCACACCUUCAACACCACAUUCACUGAACCUCUUUAUCCUGGGUUUGGGCUUCAGAAUGACACCUCACUGACUAUAUGUGACUUAAAAGAAGACACAGAGAAAAACUCUGAAAUCAUCUAAAACAAACAUUAGCAAUAAGCUGCAAUAGUAUUUUUUUUUUUUCAAAAGAGAACAACAGGCAAAGCUUUGUUACUUUAAAAUCCUCCUGAUACGGCUGCUCCUUUAUCGUUAGCUGUGGGACCAAACAGAAAUGGCAGUGUGUGAGGACUGUCCUGGUAUCACUCUGUCCUUCUAGAGACUCAUGGCCUGAUAUCCUCAUCCACAUUCAGGCCAUGAGUAUCACAAUAGCUGAGCCUCAUUAGUUUGGCUUUAGGUUUCAGAAUGACACCUCAGUGUAUUUAAAAGAUUUUAAGAUGUUUUUAAUAAUUAGAUAUGAUGGUUCAACUGUGAGUGCCAGCAUAUCCAAUGAACAGUACUGGCUUUUUGUUAUGUGCCUGCUGUGUAUUAUGGAGGAGCUGUUAAAAUAAGAAGACAACCAACUCUUUUAUUGUUUACCAAUAAUUUUAGAGCUGUUUUAUAAUGAAAGUCAGUUGUUGGUGUUUUUGAAAAAUACAUAAAUACGUAUGUUCAUACAUAAAUUGUCAAACCGUGAGCUUUGACAAUUUAUGCAGAAACCCAGCAGAUGAAGCUCGGAAACAAUCGAGCUGCACUAGUUCUCCCAAACAAAUUAUCCCAGAAAUGUUAGAAUAAGUAUGCAGUCUAGUAAACUCUGCUUUUCAAUGGCUGAAUCAUGGGUAACUGUGGUGUAACACCACAAAAAGGCUCAUUUAUGUCUUAAAGACUUUUAUAGUAUGUUGAAAUAAUUCAUGUUAGUCUCUGCAUCAGAACUUCAAGUGCAAUACUUUGAUUUGAAAAUAAAUAACUUGAUGUUAUUUAAGAUUAUGUAGGGUUUUUUGUUAUGGAUGAUGUUAUAUAGUUUCAUGUUUAUUUUAUUUAUUGAGUUUAUUGUUUGAGCUGGAUUAAUUCCACACUCUGCAACAAGCUUAUGUGCCAUGCUGUGUAACUACCACCGGAGGGUAGUGUUGGCCUCCAUGGGAGUGGGGUGGGCUAGGAGAGAUUCAGCUUUGUAUUUAUUGUAUUUUUUUUUUUAAGUCUUUUCUUAUGUCCUGUUAAAUCCUAAACAACUUUUAUAUUACAAUGAUCAGAUCUGAAAGAAUAUGAAUAAAUAAAUAAUAAAAUAAAA